UAGAUUAAACACUUUUCUUUUCUAGCAGUCUUACCUUAUUUUCCGAGACAAAUCCAGCUUUGACAACCGAUAAUUUUGCUUCAAAUUUUCCUCUAUAAAUCCUUAUCUAUGAAUCCUUUUAUAUUAUAAAUAGCUGAUUCAUUUCCUUCAACUCCAAAUCCAACAGUUUUAGGGACCGUUGUUGUUGUUGUUUUUGCUGUUGUUUUUGUUGUUACUACUACUGUGAUGGGGAAGGUGGCAGUAGGAGCGGCGGUUGUUUGCGCGGCGACAGUGUGUGCGGCGGCGGCGUUGGUGGUGAGGCACAGGAUGAGAUGUUCAGGGAGGUGGGCCAGGGCUAUGGCGAUACUAAGGGAGUUUGAGGAAAAUUGUGGGACCCCUAUUGGGAAGUUAAGACAGGUGGCUGAUGCUAUGGCCGUUGAGAUGCAUGCCGGCCUUGCAUCUGAGGGUGGUAGUAAGCUCAAGAUGUUAAUCAGCUAUGUAGAUAAUCUUCCCUCCGGAGAAGAGAAUGGGUUGUUCUAUGCAUUGGACCUUGGCGGAACAAAUUUUCGAGUUAUACGGGUACUGCUCGGUGGGAGGGAUGGAGGUGUUGUCAAACAAGAGUUUGAGGAAGUUUCAAUUCCUCCACACUUGAUGACUGGAUCUUCAGAUGCACUAUUUGGUUUUAUUGCUACAGCGCUUGCCAAUUUUGUUGCCACAGAAAGUGAAGGUCUGCAUCCUUCACCUGGGAGACAAAGGGAGCUCGGUUUUACCUUCUCAUUUCCAGUUAGGCAAACAUCAAUAGCAUCUGGAAAUCUUAUAAAAUGGACAAAAGGCUUCUCGAUAGAUGAUGUGGUUGGAGAAGAUGUGGUGGGAGAAUUAACCAAAGCCAUGGAAAGAAUUGGACUUGACAUGCGCGUGUCAGCUUUGGUCAAUGAUACAAUUGGAACAUUAGCUGGAGGUCGAUACCACAACCCAGAUGUCAUUGCUGCUGUAAUAUUGGGUACUGGAACAAAUGCAGCAUAUGUAGAGCGAGCGCAAGCAAUUCCUAAGUGGCAUGGUCUUCUACCCAAAUCUGGAGAAAUGGUUAUCAACAUGGAAUGGGGUAAUUUCCGGUCCUCGCACCUUCCACUAACAGAAUAUGAUCAAGACUUGGAUGUUGAGUCUUUGAAUCCUGGCGAACAGAUUUUUGAAAAGAUUAUUUCUGGUAUGUAUUUGGGAGAAAUUGUACGCAGAGUUUUACUGAAAAUGGCUGAAGAGGCUGCCUUUUUUGGUGAUAUUGUUCCACAAAAACUGAAGAUUCCAUUCAUCUUAAGGACGCCUCACAUGUCUGCAAUGCACCAUGAUGAAUCUUCAGAUCUGAGAGUUGUUGGAAGCAAACUAAAAGAUAUUUUAGAGAUACCUCAUACCUCGCUGAAAAUGAGGAAAGCUAUUGUUGAACUAUGUGACAUUGUUGCCACUCGUGGUGCCCGCCUAUCUGCUGCUGGGAUUGUAGGCAUCAUCAAGAAAUUGGGGAGAGACACAGUAAAGGAUGGUGAAAAGCAGAAGUCUGUGAUAGCAAUGGAUGGUGGGUUGUAUGAGCACUACUCUAAAUUUAGUACCUGCAUGGAAAGCACUCUCAAGGAGUUACUGGGAGAAGAAGUUUCUGACAACAUUGUCGUUGAGCAGUCUAACGAUGGCUCAGGCAUUGGAGCUGCUCUCCUAGCAGCCUCGCAUUCCCAAUACCUGGAGGUCGAAGAAUCUUGAUGAUAACCCAUUACAUUAAGUAGUGUUACAUUUUUGUUUUUUGUAUAUUAUCUAUCCCUCUACACUCGACUUCAAAUCAUCUAGAGCUUUUCAACCUAGUUCUUAUGACGAUGCCAGCGAAAUCCAUAUUUUGUGGCAGUAAGUUGAGCAGUAGUAGAUCAAAUACUCUUUUGAAAAGUGCCAUCAGUGGUCCCAAGCUUCAGUGUGGGAGUGUGUCACACUGCUCAUCUUUACUUUUCUCUGUCAUUUACAUGAAUUACACAAUAAAGUGGGGGAUGUAAAACAAUUAUUUGAGUUGUUACAUUUGACGGAAUAUUUUUUCUAUGGUUCCGAUGGAAAAUAAAGUGAAUUUUUAUGAUCA